GUCCGGAGUACGGACGAGAACCUCACCAGCGAGAAUUGGGAGUACAUCCUCGACGUCGUCGACCGCGUGUCCGCCUCGCCCUCCGGCCCCUCCAACGCCAUCGCAAGCAUCAUCAAGCGCCUCGCCCACCGCAACGCCAACGUCCAACUCUACACCCUCGAGCUCGCCAACGCCCUCUCGCAAAACUGCGGCGCCAGCAUCCACCGCGAACUCGCGUCCAAAGCCUUCACCGACGCCCUGCUGCGCCUGGCCGGCGAGCGCAAUACGCAUGCCCAGGUGAAGCAGAAGGUGCUGGAGCGCAUGGGCGUGUGGACGGAGGAGUUUGGCCGCAAGCCGGAUUUUGGCAUCAUGGAGCAGGCGUAUCAGAAGUUGAGGAGGGAGCAGCCCGGUUUGAUGCCGCCGAGUAAACCGGUCAAGGCGGAGAUUAGUGCGGAUGAUAGGCGGAAGGAGGAGGAUGAGUUGCAGAUGGCGCUGGCGUUGAGUAUCAAGGAUGGGCAGCAGAAAGAUGGGGGCAAGGAUAAGAGCGAGGGCUCGGAUUCCGCACAGACGACUUCUGCUGCGCCACAGAGUCAGCAUGGAACGACGGCGGCGACAGUGAGUCGCGUGCGGGCGCUGUAUGACUUUACGCCUUCGGAGCCGGGAGAGCUGGCGUUUCGAAAGAAUGAUAUCAUUGCCGUGCUCGAGUCAGUCUACAAGGAUUGGUGGAGGGGCAGUCUGCGUGGGCAGUCGGGCAUCUUCCCGCUGAACUACGUGGAGAAGCUGCAAGAUCCGACGAAAGAGGAACUCGAACGGGACGCACAGAUGGAAGGGGAAGUGUUUGGGGAGAUCAAGAAUGUGGAGCGGCUACUGGCAUUGUUGAGCGUAGGAGGCGAGCGUGGCGGCGCGCGGAGAGGGGAGAGGGAAGAGGAAGAAAUUGGCGAACUCUACCAACGAACGCUGAGCAUCCGGCCAAAGCUGAUUGAGCUGAUUGGAAAGUAUUCGCAGAAGAAGGACGACUUUACUCAGCUGAACGAAAAGUUCAUCAAAGCCCGCAGAGACUACGAAGCGCUCCUGGAAGCCUCCAUGUCCCAGCCGCAAUACCACCAGCAAUCUCCCCUUCGAAUGCGCCAGCCCAUGUACCCGCCGCAGCAACAGCCUCCCUACGCCGCGCCGCAACAGCUUCCUCCAGCGGGUUAUCAACAAGGCCCGCCAUCCGCCAGCGCCUACCCACCUCAACAUCAAUACCCACAGCAACCCCAACACCUCCCACCCCAGCAAGACGUGCAGCGCUUCUAUUCGCCCGCACCUUCCGAACCACCCGGUCCUCAACCGGGCUUCACAAGCCCAUACCCUCAAUCUGACGGUCCACCAGCACAAAACUUCCAAGGCCAAAUCCGGCCCAACAGCAUCCACACGCUCAACAGCGGGAAUCCACAGGAGCUGGCAACGGGCGGCUACGAAUCGCCCGUGGAGAAUCGGCAUAGUCUGCAGAACUACGACGUCUACGCGCCGCAGCAGCAACAGCAGCAGGCUCCGUACUCGCAACGAGAUGAUCGCGAGGGAUUGCCUUCGCGCCAGCGAACGCAUAGCUUUGAGUCGACUUCGGGUCCGAUGUAUGCUUCACAGCCUGGGCUCACUCAACCUCCACAAGGCUGGGAAGCACAACAACAGCAGCAACAGCCGCCUCCUCCGCAAGCGGCCAUGGCUCCAGGCUACCAGGCGUAUCAGCCGCAACAGCAGAGACUGCCAAGUGGAGGCUCCGUAGGCGGUGGAGAGGAUCCGGGGAGCUUCUAUCGAUGA